AUGGAAAUGACACAGAUUAGGAGCUCGGCAUAUAUCCAGGAUUGGAAUCAUUACACCCACAAGAGCAGGGAAUACACAGAACAUCGGAAGAACGUCAAAUCCAUGACUGAUUGGAUGCUGAAUACCGUUCAACAACCAUACCAAGCAACAAUUUGCAAGGCCACAAAAAAGAUCGACCAGUGGUAUAAGGAUCUCCAGGACAUUGGGGAUGUAUAUACAUCCCGCCAGAAGCUGGAGGCUCGAAACCGAUACCAACGGGCGACGACACAUCUCACAAAGAUGCCAAAAGACCUGGGUGUAUGGAUAUCGCAAUGGGAAACUGCUGUUGCGUAUGCUAUUGAAAAGGGGGUGCCAGAAGCUAUCGAUUCAAAUUCAGUGGCCAUAGAUCUGAUAGAUGCAUUAUCGUCAGUAAUGGGCGACUGGACGACAAGCUUCAGAAUGGGGCACAAGAAGGAAAUUGACGACGGCUCUAUCAGCUACAUACAGAUGGCAGGGUUUCUGCGAGAAUACGCCAAAGACCAUCACUGA